GGAGAAAGCCGGCUGAAGCCUUGCGUUCAGCUUUUACAUUGACAUAUGUUCUCGGUUGACAUCUGAGAUCGAACUUCAUUAUUUUCUUUUGUCAAAACAGAUCAUCAUGGCCAAGAAGAGAAGCGGAAACCGCGAGACAGAGAGCAGUCCGCUGGUAGAACCGGAGCCGAGGCCCUCCAAACAAACUCCGGUCCUCAAAGGACCCCAGUCGUCAGGAGGAGCCUCCGCACGCAUGUCAAUCCUCCUCCUCAUCACUAUCUUUGCCUGUUCGGCUUGUGUCAUGUAUCUGCUGUUCAGAAAUUUCCCAGAACUGAGCGAAGACGAGAGAGAAAAAAUCAAAAUCCCUAAAGACAUGGAUGAUGCCAAGGCAUUGGGCAUAGUGCUGUCCAAAUACAAGGACACAUAUUAUACUCAAGUGCUUUUAGCAUACUUUGCAACAUACAUCUUCCUUCAGACGUUUGCCAUCCCAGGCUCCAUAUUUCUCAGUAUACUCUCUGGUUAUCUCUACCCUUUUCCAUUAGCUCUGUUCCUGGUCUGUCUGUGUUCUGGCCUUGGAGCGUCUUUUUGCUAUAUGUUGUCUUAUUUAGUCGGGAGGCCGAUGGUGUACAAGUACCUCACAGAGAGAGCUCAGAAAUGGUCACAACAGGUGGACAAGCACAGAGAGCACCUCAUUAAUUACAUCAUUUUUUUGAGAAUAACUCCUUUCCUUCCAAACUGGUUCAUCAACAUCACCUCGCCGGUCAUUAAUGUGCCUCUGGGUGUCUUCUUCCUGGGGACCUUUCUUGGAGUGGCUCCUCCAUCCUUCGUGGCGAUUAACGCAGGGACGACUUUGUACAAACUGACCACAGCUGGCGAGGCCGUGUCCUGGAACUCUCUUCUCGUGUUGGGGCUUUUAGCUGUGGUCUCCAUCCUUCCCGUCUGCUUUCAGAAGAAAAUCCAGCAGAAACUUGAGUAGAGAUCAUCAUCACCCCCUGCUUGAUUCAACUCAGGAAUGAUACUGGUCCUCUAAACUUCUCCUUGCUUUCUUCUCCUCUUUUAUGCAUGUACAACAAACCCUCAUUUCAUCAUAUAACGGACAGCCAGUGGCUGUCAGGACUGGCCUUCCACUGAUUCGACAGUACUUCCAUGGAAUGAAACAUUUUCCAUUUAAGCAAUAUUUUCGAUAUUGAUGUCUUCAGUGGAUUUUCAGUUUCUCAAUAUUUUUCACAAUGAUUUAUGUGAGAUACACUGGAAGAGGCAUAUUUUCACUCCCUCUGAAGUUGCCGAGCUAAAAUGGAGCUAAAAGUGCCAAUUUCAACCUUUUUUUACUGUUGAUUUAAGGUUCAAAUGUGUUUGAGAAUGAGGUAUUACAUGCAUCAGAAACCUUUUGCGGGCGAGCUUUGUGGGUUUACUACUUCUUUUUCUUAUUUCUCAUGCCAGCUGAGACUGCGGUAGGGAUCUGAAUGGACGAUCUCUUGACAGUUCCCCGUGUACUGCUGCUAACUGUAGACGAUAGUGCUUAGCUGUUGUUAUAGACUUUAUUUUCCCCCAAAACUGAUAAAUAUGGAUGAUGCCACAUUAGUAUUACAGAUCAAAACUGUAGAUAAAACAUAUUGAUAGUUUCUGCCUUAAUAUAACUAGUUAAGUUAAUUGAAGUAAAAGAAAUGGCACGAAUAUCCUGAUGUCACGCAUACUGAACCAUUAACACCUAUUUUAGCAUUUAAAACUAUUUUUAAUUUUUUAUAUUUGGACGCAGGUUUUUGAAGUAGUCAAAAUGCUGAAUUAUUAUUAUUAUUAUUAUUUUUUUUUUAUCAAACAUUUUAUAAUUUAAGUAAUAUAAUAUUGGGUUUUGUUUGUUUUUCAUUUAAGCCACGUGACAGAGGGAAGUAUUAAAUUCUGGAAAUAUAGGAGAUUUGUAACUGUUACAGUCGGUUUAAUCAAGCGCAUGUCUAUUUAAUGGAAUAAUUCACACGAAAAUGUAAAUUUGCUGAAAAUUCAUUCACCCUCAGGCCAUCAGAGAUGAGUAGAUGAGUCUGUUUCUUUAUCUGAGCAGAUUUGGAGAAAUUUAACAUUACAUUACUUGCUCACCAACUGAUCCUCUGCAGUGAAUGAAUGGGUGCCGUCAGAAUGAGAGUCCAAACAGCUGAUAAAAACACAACAAUAAUCUGAAAGUGAUCCAUACGACUCCAGUCCAUCAAUUAAUGUCUUGUGGAGUGAAAAGCUGCAUGUUUAUAAGAAACAAAUCCACCAUUAAGAUAUUUUUAAUUUCAAACCGUUGCUUCCGGCUAAAAUGUUAUUUUACUCCCUCUGUCCAUAAUAUUGCUUUUUUUUUCUGUGAAAAGCCUGUCUUGUCUGAAUUGAGAGAGAAAUAUGCUCCGAUCAAGCACUGUUACCAAGUGAAAACAGUCCAAAACAGUUGUAUGUUGAAGGAUUUUAAUGUGAGAGGACAACAGGGGAUGGACUUUGUAAAUGGAGGAAGCAUUACUGUGAAUUAUGGACUGGUAUUUUGGCCAGAAGCGAAUGUUUAAAUUUAAUGCUGAAUUUGUUUCUUACAAACACAGCUUUUCGCUUCACAAGACGUUAAUUGAUGGACUGGACUCGUGCGGUUUACUUGUGGAUUAUUGUGAUGUUUUUAUCAGGUGUUCGGACUCUCAUUCUGACGGCACCCAUUCACUGCAGAAGGAUCCAUUGGUGAGCAAGUAAUUUAAUGCUAAACCUUGGAUGUACUGAGGGUGAGGCAUUUUCAUGUGUGGGUGAACUUUUCAUUUAAUUGACACAACUUUAUGCUGUUAAACUCUCUGCAGUUAAAUUUGCCUUUCAGUAAAUCAAAUCAGUCUUAAAAAAAUGACUAUAAUAUUGUUUUCCUUUUUUUCUGAAUAUAAUAGUCAUUAAACCCUCAAUAUAUUAGUUCCUUGACUGAAAAUGAAAUCAACAAUUUGUGCAAUGGGAUAAAUAGACCACCUGCACUGUAAUUUCUCUUACUUGGUAUGGUGUGAUGAGGGACGGUUCUUAUUCCAGAUUUCAUUACCCUGUUACCUCUUUUCAAUUGUUCUCUCAUGUUGCAUUAAUUUAUUUUUUGCAGUUUCUGUCUGAAUGUCAAACCUAACAUUUAGUUUUUGUCAUCUGUAAAUGUCUAAAUGUUCCCAGCAGCUCUUGACGUUACAUGGCACUAAGCCGAGGGAGCGGAUGUGACUGAGUUAUUCAGUUGUUCUGCAACAGUUUCAAGCCUCAGCAAGCUGUAUUUGUUAUGAUGAUGAGUAGUGUGUUGAUGUACGCUCUCGGACCCAUUUAUAAUUUACCAAGUUGUACUCAUCCUGAUUUUUCUCCAGCAAUUUUUUUUUUUUUUUUUUUUUUACAGAACUCCUCAAUAAAUUAAGGCUACUGAUUCCAGUAUUACGUAAGAUUUAAUUGACAA